AUGAAUAAGUUGUGGGUACGUAUGCAGCAUCAAGGUCAUUCGCGCGAGCGGGAACGUCGGGAACAAGAGCGUCGAGAGUUGCGACUUUUGGUGGGCACAAAUCUUACACGAUUAGCACAAAUCGAAUCUCUAUCCGUACAUACUUAUAAACAUGAUAUUUUGCCCUUGUUACUUGAACAAAUUCUUGAAUGCCGUGAUGUGAUUGCUCAAGAGUACCACAUGGAUGUAAUUAUCCAGGUGAGCUAUCGUUUAUUUAAUCCUACGCAGUCACUUAAUUUGUAG